UCUCGUUACUUUUCGUUACCUCGAUGGUUGGUGGAUGUAUACACAAGUAUGAUGUGUCCAUGACGUCUGCGAUCGAUAAAGGCUUGAACCCGGAAUAGUUUUUAAGCGAAGAGAAAUGAGCGCGUUAGGAUGAUGGCACGUGUUUAAAUUGUUUGAAAAAUAAUAGUAAGAUUUUGUUAACGAACAUCGUUAAAAGUUGAUUAACCGCCAUGUCUCGGGAUGGACCAAUCAGACGCACGACGUGCCGCUGCGAGCCCUCGAAUAAUCUAUCCACAGACGAAUGACAACAAAAGAGAUUGAUAGAGUUAGGAAGGUUCAUAGGAAUACGUAUUUACGAAGGAUUUAACACAUUUUCCUUCUGUUGACAAGGUAAAUAAGUUUGUAUCAUAGUGGUGAAAGUGUCGGGGAAUAUGAAGAGAAGAAAUGCCGAGUGCGGCAAGCUUCGGAGGCCCUUGAAACGAAACAAAAUUACGGAAGGAAUUUACGGAAGUACGCUGCUUUACUUGAAGUUUCUGCUGCUAUGGGCGAUGGUGAUAUUGGCAGAUUUCAUUCUAGAGUUCAGAUUUGAAUUCCUCUGGCCGUUCUGGCUUCUCCUUCGAAGUGUUUACGAUUCUUUCAAAUACCAAGGCUUGGCCUUCUCCGUGUUUUUUAUUUGCAUCGCCCUAACGUCAGAUAUGAUUUGCUUCUUCUUCAUCCCUGUGCAUUGGCUCUUCUUUGCCGCUAGCACAUAUGUUUGGGUUCAAUACGUCUGGCAUACAGAUAAAGGUGUUUGCCUGCCAACGGUGAUGCUGUGGCUCCUGUUCCUCUACAUAGAAGCAGCAGUACGGUUACGUGAUCUGCGCCACAUGCCGUUUCAUCUGGAUCUCUGUAGGCCCUUUGCUGCUCAUUGCAUUGGCUAUCCUGUAGUCACAUUAGGCUUUGGUUUCAAAAGCUACGUGGGCUACAGAAUGAGACAGAGAAAACAAAAAGACGUAGCUAAGGAAAACGAGUUUUACCUUCAGCUGCUACAGCAAGCGCUGCCCGUCGAACAGCAGGCUGCAACUAUGCAGCAGCUUCAGCCACAGGCUCAGUUGCAAACACAGUUAGCCUCUGCCCCUCAGGAGCAACACACAAAGUCACAGUUGCACAGGCACAAUCCACAGUACAACACAAGUCCUGAGAAGAGUAGAGGUGGUUGUAGCGUGACUACAGAAUCGAGCAUACAAAAUGGUGGAGUACACAGUGGCACGCACAGCGCGUCACAAGCACAAAAUGCCACCAAAAACAGCCACAGAAAGUCACUUGACAAAGGGGAUAACAAACAGGACGAGCAACAAAACAAACAGAAUGCAACAAACGUUUCACAGAAUGACAAAAGUGAUAAGAAGUUUGCACACAGUAAUGGAACCACAGUGCCUCACAACGACCUACAAUUUAUUGAGAGGGUUGGACCAGUCUCUGUUCUGAAAUUCAGCUCUGUGAACGAUUUUGACGUAAACGAAGUAGAAAAGGAUAAAUCAGUGAAAGGGGGAGGUUCUGCGCACACCUCUGUUAAAAUACAGUCAAAUGGAUCUGCCGGAGCAAAGUGGAAUAAUGUUAAAGAAAGCCGAGACUCUUCGACGACAGUAAAUGGUCAACGAGAGCGAAAAGGCCGACAAGCUAAAUCAACAGUCGAAACAGUAGCAGAGCAACAAAAACAGCAAGAUGAAUAUUGUCAGAGGUUACUGGUGUGUCGCAGGCUCGAGGCUGACAUCAAAAGACUAAAAUCAGACCUCCAGUCAAGUCGGCAAGUUGAACAGGAGUUGCGUUUGCAGAUCAGUGCGCUAGUCACUGGGGAGCGACAAGCCAAAGGUGACAUUCAGCAGCUGCAGCACGAUAACGAUCAGCUGCAGAAUAAACUACACGGGCUGGUAACAGCGCGUCAAUUAGACAAACAGACCAUGUCGUCUUUGGAAAGACGAAUAACAGAAGAGAGGAGGCAGCGGAGUACCUGUGAGGCAUCUUUAGCUGCAGAAAGACGGGCACGCCGUGUGGCAGAGGAAGCUCGAAGUUCCAUUCCGCCGCCGCCGCCACCUGUAAGGCAAGAGUGUACUGACGCUUGUAAAUCCCGAAGAGCACAAAUGGAACAGGAACUGAAGAGCCUGCGUCGAGAACUCAAAGCAAAAGAAGAACGGUACGCAUCAAUUGAGAAGGAUGUUUCACGAUGUAAGGAAAGCCAUGGUGAGACUGAAAUCCUGCUUGGAGCAUUUAGUGCUCUGCAGGAUAAGAAUGCUCAUCUAGAAAAUAGUCUCAGCGCUGAAACACGAAUCAAACUCGACCUUUUCUCAGCCCUUGGGGAAGCAAAGCGUCAGCUGGAAAUCAGAGAGAGUUUGAUAAGAACACAGGAGAAGGAAAUCGAGACGUUGAAAGCCAAGAUUGCACAAGAUUUGGCAGUUAUGCCUCAAGAUUCAUUCGGUCCUGGUCCAGCGCCAAGUUCGGCCACGUCGAAGCUUCGUUUGAAUAACGAAGUACGAGUUGGAGGUAAUAAAAUACGCGGGAAUGAAAAUCCCUUUCCGGGAUGCACCGUAUCCAAUCUGGAUCCAAACGCUACCGCAUAUACGCCGAAAGGUUCUUUGGUCGCGUCCACAGAGGCUUGAGGUCCUCUUGUUCGACUUCAAAAUCAUAGCCCCCACGAAGCCAGAGUCCAAUAAUAAACUUGACCACCCAACGUCAAACAUGUUUCAGGUUAAAUUCAGCUGAAACAAAUUUUUUCCUAUAUAGAAAUGUAUAUUUCAAUUUACAUGUUAUUUCUCAAUUGUUCGAACAAAGGAUAUUGACAUUUUCUCUGUUAUUCAAUUUCUUAUGCAAAAUGUAAAUUACUUAUUCGAAAUUGUAAUUUUUUUUUUUUUUUUUUUUAGUAUUAUGCAAUCGAAGUCGAGCUCUAAACCUCAAUUUUUUUUUAUUUGCGAAGUUAUCCUGAAACAUGAUUUGUACAGACCAUCAGAUCGUUGUCAACACGACGUAACUGUACGCGUGACAUUUGGAACGGAACUUACCUGAAUGAAUUGGCGUUUUAUAUCCGCACUGCUUACAUACGCUGUUCCGAAGUUUGUUAUUAAAAGGAUUACCUAAUUAUCGAGAUAAAUUGCGAUUUAGUCCAUUCAUCUGUAACGUAAAGACUGCUAUAUAUUUUUUAAAUCAAAACAAAUUCCAAUUUGAAAGAGAGUGAAAUUUGUAGCGUAAACAAAUCGAGUCAUCAAAUUCCGUGAAUCCAAUCAUUUUUGAAUAACCAUAAUAACACAAUGAGAAUGAUCAAAUGAAAAAGUAAACUUAAGGCGGCAGUACCAACGGCGAAGUAGAAAUAUUGCUUUGAAAACUUUUUCGCAACCUUCGCACAGCGUAUUCAUAAUCUUAUAAUGACUCGUGAGAACGUUGACCCUCAUUUAAGUCGUAACCUGAAGCUAGUCCACCCUAAAAUUGUAUUUAUUGUCAUCAGUAUAAUAAGCCAGUAAAAUCACAUGAUCAUUGAUUGCAACCACAAAGAUGAAGGUAUAAAAAAAACCAUACAAAAUAAAGUGCAAUUUAUUGCUACCUGUUUAAAGCAUUCAAUGAUGAGGUUUGACCAGUAAACGGUAAAAUUAAACGAACGGGGCACUGAAAUUUGUUCUUUUUUGUCCUUGGGCAGAACUCUUUAGAUUGCACAAUAUGAAACUCUAUAAUUGGGUCGGUAUCUGAUUUCUUGAAAGAGUAAGGUUCAACUAUCGUUCUGGCUACGGAGAAUUUAAUGAAAUUUCAGGCGGACGCGACUAGAAAAAAUUAGUAAAGUAGGUGAAUUAAAACUUAAAAGGCAACAGUCUUGGUUUUCUGUUUAUGGUUUCACAAAUUGUUCAUUGGUGUCGUGUUGAUUUUUUAUUUGCACUGCGGGGUUCGAAAUUGUUUUCUUUAAAACUAAUGUCAAAACGUUGAAAAUGUAACUUUUUUGUUUGAUGAUACUUUACUUCGAAAUGGGAAGCCAGUUUGGAUAUAUCAUAGCACCCAUCAUCGCCAUAUAUACACAUUAUCUCACUUGUAUAUAUAAAGCACUCUCAUGACAUUUAAUUUAUUAAUUAUUUAUUGUUUAAACAGCGAAAAGUAUUGUCGGGAGGAUUUACUAUACAUACCGUUGUGGACACAAAUUUUCGUUUGUUGAAUGUUUAUUUCAGUUGACCCCAUCUUAAAUUCCAAUCGUAUUAUUCGCCGAUGAUGUUCGUUUGGUUCAAGUAAUUCUAAUAGUUGUAAAAAAAAAAAAAAAAAAAAAAAUGCCAGUACAGGGCUGGUAACGGAUCAAUAUUCGUCACUUUUUUUCAUGAACAAUCUAGUGACAAAUUUAGUCCAAGUUACGCUAAACUUUAAAAGUUGAGUGAUGUAUAAAUUUUUCACCGGUUUAUUUAAAGGUUGGUGUUGUAACAAUAAUUUCAUGCUAAUUUAUCACAUAUUGGUAAUGUUAUUGAGUGUGUGAGGAAUGUAAAAUAUUAAAAUUUUGUUGAUUAUAGAGGUGCAGGGGCACUUGAAUAUUUCUUUCCACUGAUUAGAAGGCGUCGGGAAUUUGAAAAUCUUGAAAUACCUUUCCUGACAAAGCUUGUCCUUUUCUCAGAACCAUUAAACAACGUCUGUUAUAACAAUUGUAUAAACAAAAAACUCACACUUAGCUUGUGUAUACCUAGAUGAAAAGUUUUUUGCGUUACUUUCAGCUUUAUUUAGAAAUAACACCUUCACUAUUUGCUCUCAAUAAAUAUACAUGCAUGAAAAUCUUCAUUCAGGCAAAUAUGACUCAUCAGAAUAUGCGGAAAUGCGUCCGUCCACUGAUAAAAGUGUAGCUACGCAGUAAACAGAAAAACUGAAUAAUUUUUAUAAGAUAUGACAUCCUUUGAAGUUUUACUUGCACUAAUAGAUUCACUAACCAAAAUCGGUAACAAAAAUAUAUAAUCUCUCCUGUCAUGCUGAGAUAGCUUCAAAAGCAAGCAAGACUCAGGGUAGUUCGUUUUUUAUACUUAUGAUUAAAAUACAAGGUAUUUCGUCGGUUUGGUUUUUCUUCUAAAUAAAUACUUAAUAAAUUUGUAAUUGUUUGAAAAUGGCGUAGCCACUACCAGCCCUGCUGAUAGAUUUGGUGUUCCCUGUGAAAACGUAAAAGUUUGGAAACUUCGGUGGGUUACAAGAAGCUAAUGAACUAUCAAAACUGAGGAAAUAACAACCAUUAGAAUUUCGAAUGAUAUUUGUUCCUAUUUGAUUAACUAAUAUUCACUUUUCAAGGAGCUACCAAUGCGAUUCACGUUAGCUAUAUAGUUUCAUGUUAUUCACUGUAGAAUGUCUUGUGAAAUUUUGCCUCUUGAUAAACAUGAUUACAAAGUUUCUAUUACCAUAUUUAAUAAAUGAUGUGUUUACUUAGAAAGGUGUAUUAAAAUUUGUGUUCACAUUUGUACAGAUCGUUACAAUUGGUCAACUUACGUUAGGCCUGAGCCAGAAACCUCCUUUCACGCUUAGUUACGUCAUGCUUAGUGCUACGCUUCCCUUUCACUGUCGGACCAGAGUUGAUUAGAGCGAAUCAAGUCUUGAGGAAACUUCAAAGAAGCUAUUACCGAGCCUUGAUGCUCUCUUUAUAAUACCGAUCGUUACAUCCAUAAAUUAAUUAUUGCCAAAUGGUGAAAUCCAGAUGCCUAUUUUAAUAGUUUGAUAUGUAUCUAUUAUUCAUUGUCCAGCGGUAUUAUUACCCUCAUGUAUAUACAUAGGAAUUUGAUGAAAAAACAAAUUUAAAAAAGUGUUAAUGAAACACUUGGGCAUUUGCACGGCAUAGUAACGUACCGCAAGAAAAGGUUGUUAAUAUUAAUUUCUAAUCCGAUUCGGGAAUAAUCUUUCCUAAUAUGUAUGUAACGUAAUACAUGUAAGUUUCUGAGUUACAUGCAAAGGCAUAUAUGUAUAUGUACAUAUACUAUACGUAUAUGACUUAAAUAUACUUGAAGUGAGAAAAUUUUUAGUUUACUUUGGAACUUAACUCAUUGUCAGCAGAAAUUGUCUCUGCACAAGGGGCGCGUUAUAUAGAAAUAAUGAAAAAAACGAUUCAAUUUUAUUAUUUAAUUACAGUAAUUGUUAUACUUAGUUGAUGAUAUGUAAAAUACAGAUACGUAUCUUCCCCUCCAACACAGGAUUUACAAGGAUCGCAACAAUGUACCUAAAUACUACAUUAUUAUUAUCAUCACUUGUGUCGUAAAAAAUAAUUUGUCCUAGUUACAACACGCAGAGAAUUGAACUGAUAAUAUAUCACUCCGAAUCCAGUCAGUAAUCUUAUCCUUAACGUGUCUUAAUAAUUGUAAUUUUUCUUAUGAUAUAUAUCACAAGUACUUAAUUUAUCAUUAUUUGAUUAUUUUUAUUUUCAUUCUUUAUCUUUUCUUCUUGUUUCUUUUUUUUUAAUUUUGGUUCACGGUGAUUCCGAUCACCGUUCCCUUCCACGAUUUGAAUAAGAUAGCACAACGCGAGCUUAUAAGUUUAAGCAACUCCUUCCGGACAUAUGAAAAUGAUAUGUAAUAUUAUUUCAUUUGCUAGGCUCUAACUUUAAUGAUUUGUUUUUUAGUUCGACAAAAAAUGUAAUAAUAAUGAUAAUAAUAAUAAUAACAGUAGUGGUAGUGGUAGUAGUAAAGGAUAAAACGAGUGUUGACAAAUUUCUUUAUGCCUGACUGUGUUAAUUAAUUGAUGUUGAUAUUUAAAAAGAAAUCGUGUGAUAAUAUGUUUUUGUCAUUAUACUGACUAAAAUUUUAAUGCGCUUCCAACAUUUAAUUACGUACUUACUUAACUUACUUACUCACUUAUACUUUUUAAUUAGAGUUUAAGUUUAAGAUAAUUAAUUUGCUAGCUGCUGCUGCUGCUCCUGCUGCUGCUGCUGCUGCUGCUUUACAACAGCAUUGAUCUCACAGCACGGUCACUAUCUGUGCCUGUUGCAAAUGCCCUACACAUCCUACUAACUUUAUUGUCAUGCGAUCAACAGUGCACGUAGUGACACUUUAAUUAAUAUAUAUAUAUAUACAACAAGUUUUUGAAAUAAUUUGCAUAAAUUGAAAAUGUCUUUUAUUUGAGGAAAGAAGUUUCGAAAACAAAAAUUGAAAACUCGUACUGUAAACCAUCGUGAUAAUACGAUCAUCCAGGUACAGAUUGCACAAAGUUUGUAGUUUUUAUUGAAUUUUUGUAAUUAUAACUUAUGUACCAUACCUGCUGCGUACAACGUGUAGGUACGGACAAUUGAUUCACGGCUACCGAUAACGUACAAUUUUAUAUUGUAUACCACCCUCUUAUUAUUAUAGUACGGUGUGUGUAGAAACAUCUUUUUCUUUUCUCUCUCUCUUUUUCUCUCUCUCUCUCUCUCUCUCUCUCUCUUUCUCUCUCCAGUGCCCUGAAUAUAUCUAUUACAUAGUAAUGUUUGCGAUGUACCUCCUUAUUCUUGGAAGGAUAACAUUAUUAAAUAAAGCUAGAAAAAUAAAGUCGGGCAGUCGAGAAGAAAAAAAUAACGAUGAUAGUAAUAAUAAUUUAGAAGAAGAAACAAAAAAACGAAAUAAAAAAAAAAAAAUAUGACAUUUCGAUAAAAACAUGAAAGUACAAAAUAUGUAAAAGUUUAAAAGAAAACAAAUAAGACAUACAUCGCGAAAAUAUUGAAAACUUAUUUUGUUAUAUAUACUGCAGAAUGCCACUGUUUCAAAGGAAUAAUAAUUUAUUUUUUGUUUUUAUUAUACUUUUCUGGUUGAUAAUUGAAUAUUGAUCGGUACCCAAUAUCAGCAUACAUAUCUAUUAUUAAAAUCUCUUAAUCUUCCUUCAAUAUUGUUAAUUCGACAAUUAUUUCUAAUAAAUUGUUUGUAACGAAUUUUAUAUUCACAUAUGUUUCUCACACACGUCGUGCAGUUUGGUACUGAUCAAUUUUUCGUUAUUUACAAAACUUAUGCUAAAUUGAUAUGUAAUGUGUAUAAAAAAAAAAAAGAAAAAGAAUUGCUGUAAAACGCCAUUAAAUUUGAAAUGAUUGUGAAAAUUUAGUACAACUGUUAUUAUGAUUGAAAUUGUUAGUAUUUAAUUUGAUAUAUUGGAAACGAACAAUGAAUGGUAAAUAGAUAAUACAUACUGGCGAAAUAUUUGAAACUUGCGUCGCAAAGGAAUACCAAAAUCGAUUAAAAUAAAAAAACAAACAAAUGAAAAACAAAGUUAUAUCAAAUAUUGUUUGCACAGAGUUAAUUCGCAUUCAGCAUUUGUUGUUAUAUGUGGAUGGUCUUGAUGUUAAUGUUUAAUCAAUCCUGACCCUAGGGUGUGUAAUGCUUCUAUAAUGAAACGAUAUAUUGACAAAUAAAGUGAUUGCAUGUCAAUAAAACA